AUGACAGACAGCCUGGUUGACAAGCUGCAGGAGGCAACCCUUGAUGAGUCUCCGACCGCUGAAGAUUGGAAGACAAACCUGAGGCUCCCGGCGAAGGAUACGAGGCAACAGACCGAGGAUGUAACCAACACUAAAGGCCUAGAGUUUGAGGAGUUCGGCCUUAAGCGAGAUCUCCUCAUGGGCAUCUUUGAGGCCGGCUUCGAAAAGCCCUCCCCCAUCCAAGAAGAGAGCAUACCGGUGGCGCUCACCGGCCGCGACAUUUUGGCUCGCGCGAAGAACGGCACUGGCAAGACCGCCGCUUUCGUCAUUCCGGCACUGGAAAAGAUCAACCCCAAGGUCUCCAAGAUUCAAUGCCUCAUUCUCGUCCCCACUCGCGAACUCGCAAUGCAGACAUCCCAAGUCUGCAAGACACUCGGAAAACACCUCGGAAUCAACGUAAUGGUCACAACUGGUGGCACUGGGCUUCGUGACGAUAUCGUCCGGUUGCAGGAUCCCGUCCAUAUUGUGGUCGGAACUCCCGGAAGAAUCCUCGAUUUGGCUGGCAAGCAGGUGGCCGAUCUAAGCGAAUGUCCCAUGUUCAUCAUGGACGAGGCCGACAAACUGCUGUCGAUUGAGUUCACUCCCGUCAUCGAGCAGCUUCUGAGGUUCCACCCCAAGGACCGCCAAGUCAUGCUCUUCUCCGCCACAUUUCCCAUCUCCGUCAAAGAUUUCUCGGACAAGAACAUGUCCAGUCCAUACGAGAUCAAUCUCAUGGACGAGCUGACCCUGCGCGGUAUUACGCAGUACUACGCCUACGUCGAAGAGAAGCAGAAGGUUCACUGCCUGAACACCCUUUUCUCCAAGCUUCAGAUCAACCAGUCCAUCAUCUUCUGUAACUCGACCAACCGUGUCGAGCUCCUGGCCAAGAAGAUCACGGAGCUUGGCUACUCUUGCUUUUACAGUCACGCCAAAAUGGCCCAACAGGCUCGCAACCGUGUCUUCCACGACUUCCGCAACGGUGUUUGCCGCAACCUGGUCUGCUCUGACCUUCUCACGCGUGGUAUUGAUAUCCAGGCCGUCAACGUCGUUAUCAACUUCGAUUUCCCCAAGAACGCUGAGACGUACCUCCAUCGUAUCGGCCGCUCUGGUCGCUACGGGCAUCUUGGUUUGGCCAUCAACUUGAUCAACUGGGACGAUCGCUUCAACCUGUACAACAUUGAGCGCGACCUAGGAACCGAGAUUCAGCCGAUUCCUGCGACCAUCGACAAAAGCCUCUAUGUCUACGAUAACCCGGAGAGCAUCCCACGCCCCAUUUCGAACUUUCGGCCCGCUGCCAUCCAACAGCAGGAUCAGCCACUGAGCCCGCCAAUUCAAUCGCCAUCUCCGGGGUUGCAGUCCGGAGACCGGCAAGGACAGGGUAACCGCCAGAACGGUUCUGGCCGUGGGGGAUAUCAGGGUGGCCGAGGCGGUUCAAACGGUUCCCGCGGAGGCCGUGGCCGUGGCUUCCAAGGCCAGGGCGGUCGCCAAAACUACGGCGGUCAGCGUGGUGGCCGCCAGGGCUCCCAGCCCAGCACUCCCACCCAACAAGAAGUCUAA